GAGAGAGAGAGAGAGAGAGAGAAAGGCUUGGAUUUUCACAUCCAGCUGUCUGACAAAGGGACUCUUACUGGAAUACUCCACCGCCGUCUCUGAACAAAUGGUCUGAAAGGAGAAACAUCUUAGAAGUUGGAAGCCUGUCUCUCUGCAUGUGUUUGGGAUGAAACGCCUGUGGGACAUUCACUUCCCCUUGCUCAUCCUCCUGUACCUCAUAGGAGCCGUCACGUCCCAGGUCAACCCAGAUGUGUGCCGGUAUCCUCUGGGCAUGUCGGGAGGACAGAUACAGGAUGAGGACAUCUCUGCCUCCAGCCAGUGGUCUGAGUCCACCGCUGCUAGAUAUGGCAGGUUAGAUUUUGAGGAGGGUGACGGUGCAUGGUGUCCCGAGAUCACUGUCGAGCCGGACAGCCUGAAGGAGUUCCUACAGAUUGACCUGCGCUCCCUCCACUUCAUCACCCUUGUGGGCACCCAAGGGCGUCACGCAGGAGGCAUCGGCAACGAGUUUGCGCAGAUGUACAAGAUCAAGUACAGCCGUGACGGAAGUCGCUGGAUCUCAUGGAGGAACAGGCAGGGCAAGCAGGUGAUUGAGGGGAACAGGAAUGCCUACGACAUCGUUCUCAAGGAUCUAGAGCCACCCAUCAUUGCUCGUUUUGUCCGCUUCAUGCCUGUCACCGACCACUCCAUGAACGUGUGCAUGAGAGUGGAGCUGUAUGGCUGUGAAUGGCUGGAUGGUCUAGUGUCGUACAACGCUCCGACAGGGGAACAGAUGAGCCUGCCCAGUGCCCCUGUUUACCUCAAUGACUCUGUAUACGAUGGAGCUGUCAUCCACAGUAUGACCGAGGGCCUGGGCCAGCUGACUGAUGGGGUAUGCGGUCUGGAUGACUUCACACACAGUCAUGUCUACAACGUGUGGCCAGGAUAUGACUAUGUGGGUUGGACCAAUGAGAGCUUCCCCAGUGGAUAUGUUGAAAUCAUGUUUGAGUUUGACCGCACGCGAAACUUCACCACCAUGAAGGUCCACUGCAACAACAUGUUUUCACGGCACGUCAAGGCCUUCCGCCAGGUGGUGUGCCACUUCCGCUCUGAAUCAGACUGGGAGGCCACGCCCCUCUCCUUCAGCCCCGUGGUGGACGAGAAGAACCCCAGCGCUCGCUUCGUCACCGUCAACCUGGCCAAUCACAUGGCCAGUGCCAUCAAGUGCCAGUUUUACUUUGCUGAUGCUUGGAUGAUGUUCAGCGAGAUCACCUUCCAGUCAGAUACAGCCAUGUACAACACAACACUGGCCCCACCCAAGACUGGACCUCCAACUAGCACACAACCAGGGGAUGACCCCACCCACAAAGUAGACGACAGCAACACCCGAAUUCUGAUUGGUUGUUUAGUGGCCAUCAUCUUCAUCCUCGUGGCCAUCAUUGUCAUCAUCCUGUGGAGGCAGGUGUGGCAGAAGAUGCUGGAGAAGGCCUCUCGCCGGAUGCUGGAUGAUGAACUAACUGCUAGUCUGUCAAUACAGAGCGAGACGUUUGCCUACAACCAUAACAACCAGUCGACUGCCACCAGCGAACUGGAGUCUAGCUCCACCUACGAGCGCAUCUUCCCCCUCGGCCCAGACUACCAGGAGCCCUCACGACUCAUAUGCAAGCUGCCUGAGUUUGCACAGAGCACCGAAGAGCCUGCUUCUACCAGCACAACAGCUUCAAAAUCUACCACGGCUACUGCAGUCCAAGACGGCGUCCCUCACUACGCAGAAGCGGACAUUGUUAACCUGCAAGGUGUGACUGGAAGCAACACAUAUGCCAUACCAGCAGUAACGAUGGACCUGUUGUCAGGGAAGGACGUUGCUGUGGAGGAGUUCCCACGGAAACUUCUAACGUUUAAGGAGAAGCUGGGAGAGGGCCAGUUUGGAGAGGUGCACCUGUGUGAGGCCGAGGGAAUGCAGGAGUUCAUGAAAAAGGAGUUUUCAUUUGAUGUUGGCGAGAACCAGCCAGUUCUAGUGGCUGUCAAAAUGCUCCGUUCAGACGCCAACAAAAAUGCAAGGAAUGACUUCCUGAAAGAGAUAAAAAUCAUGUCUCGCCUGAAGGACCCCAACAUCAUCCGUCUGCUUGCCGUGUGUAUCUAUAGCGACCCACUCUGUAUGAUCACAGAAUACAUGGAGAACGGAGACCUUAACCAGUUUCUGUCCCGCCACGAACCUGAGGGACAGCUUGCCUUGCUCAGCAAUGCGCCUACUGUCAGCUACAAUAAUCUGUGCUACAUGGCCACUCAGAUAGCAUCUGGGAUGAAGUACCUCUCCUCGCUAAACUUUGUCCAUCGAGACUUGGCCACACGGAACUGCCUGGUUGGCAAGAACUACACGAUAAAGAUAGCUGACUUUGGCAUGAGCAGGAACCUGUACAGCGGUGAUUACUACCGCAUCCAGGGCAGAGCUGUGCUGCCUAUACGCUGGAUGUCAUGGGAGAGCAUCCUGCUGGGCAAGUUCACCACAGCCAGUGAUGUGUGGGCCUUUGGGGUCACCCUGUGGGAGACACUUACCUUCUGCAAGGAGCAGCCCUACUCACAGCUCACUGAUGAGCAGGUGAUAGAGAAUACAGGGGAGUUCUUCAGGGACCAGAAAAGACAGAUCUACCUGCCUCAGCCUGUGCUGUGUCCAGACUCACUCUAUAAGAUCAUGCUGAGCUGCUGGAGGAGGAACACAAAGGAGCGGCCAUCCUUCCAGGAAAUACACCAAGCCCUCCUGGAAAGCCAGGCUUAAGCCAAGGCAGUGUUUAGGACAGUGAUUCCCAGUCCUCUCACCUCUAACAUUAAUGUUGCAUGACAUAGUAUAGACCAUGUUUCAAAUGCAAUCCAGGUUUAAGCUAUCUUGGUUCAGCAGAGGCAGGGUGAGACCCACCCGUGGGCUCCAAGCUAUGAUUUGGGAAACACUGUUUCAUGGACUAACUUACACACCACAAAGAAGGACAAACAGAGACAACUGAUGUGUGCCAAUUUGUGUUUGGUUAGCCCGAUCCCAUUGGCUAAUACAUCUGAAAGACAUACAGGUAAUCUAACAAAUAUACAUGCUCAAAAAUCUAUUCUGUUUAUGAAAAUACACAAAAAUGCAACCCAUCAACACUACACACUCUUGCGCGCGCACACACACACACACACACACACACUAACGAUCACAAACCCUUGGUCCGGGACCCUUGGUUGUAUUGUAUGUUGAAGAAGCCAAAAUCAAAUGUAGCAAGUAACAUUUGUCACUUUUUGAAAUGUUUUUUUUUUUUUUUUUUCAUUUAGAAAAUGAAUUUAGAAUUCCCAUGUUACAUUGUAUGAAGUAUUGAUAACAAUGUUAUUGCAAUAUUUUUUUUGAAUUGAAGAACUUUCUUGUGUUUCCUUUUGGAAGACUGCUUGAAUGUACAAGAAGAAAGAGCAAACCAUCACUGUUACAUUUAUUUCAAACAGGUUUUUCAUCUCAGUCUCUUAGACAAUCGCCAAACUAUACCAAAUAACUCUGUGUACAUUUUUAUAUUAUCUCCCCUGCAGUUUUCUUACAGUGAUAUUUGACCAUCAGUGUAAAUGACUGUGUAUUUUCAGUAGAUAUUUCUAAAUCUCUAAUAUCAAUAUUUUGUAUUAAUAUUUAUAUGUCAAUAUUUGUUUGUUCUGUUUCUGUUUUGUUGAUAUAUUUGUGUAUUAAUAAGCUCUUUAAGGUGAGCUUCUUUAGGCAUUCGGAGCAUUAUACUUCACGUAAUGCAAUAGGUUAAUUUUUAUGGUCAUAUUUUGGAUCUUUACACACCAAAGAAAAUGCUUCAGAAGUGCCUUUUUUUUCUACUGCACACUGUCUCUGCCUGCCAUUGAAUACAAUGUAAAAUCAGGAAUGUCAGGAAUCAGGAAUUUCAAGAUGUUUAUCAAGACAGAGGGCUGCUUUUAGCUAUGUGGAUGGAGGGAUCAGCUGUAUGUGUGUGUCGGAUGCUUGUUGGAAAGAACUUUCUCUGUUUUUUUGUGGAUGGAAAAACGUCUUAUAAUUUCUCUUUGUUGAAAGAGAGAGGUAAACACAACUGAAAUCAGGAAUGGAGAUAAAAAGGGAAUAUGCAACCUAAAUUGUGUGUAUGUAUGGAGUAAUCGUUACAGUGUUGUGGAGUGCUUACACAGUAGUUUAUAUGAGUUGGUGACAUCUAUUGAUCUAAUACAAGCAGUGACUUACCAGCUGGCUCGUGACAGCUUUCUUUCGUAAUUAAUGUAUGCGCGAUUUUUUUUUAUUGGCCUUUUCCCCAGGCUGGCAUAAUAAUAUGCAUGCUGUGUUUGAAUUUCUAUUUGCUCUAACUAGAUAUUGGUGUUCAAACCAUUAGAAAUAAGUUCAGCUGUAUUGAGAGGCUCAGUCCUCUUAUCAGUGACUUGUCCCUGUGUGACUUAUCCAAGCAAGUCUUUUGUAGUUGGCAGCCAUGCAUUUGAAAUUUUGUCACGUUGAAGUCAGUGCCGUUACUGUCUUGCAAUUUGUGGAAUUCCUUUGCCUACUAUUUAAAUUCUCCUUUUCUUUCUUUACUUUGCUUUGUUAUCCAUGCAAAAUAUCUGUACAUAUAAGUUAAAUAUGAAAGGUGGUUGGGGAAAUAAAUUUGUGUAUUUUAAACUGUCAAUAGAUAUGAGACAUGCAAUGAUUUUGAUCAGACAACCCUGUCAUACAUGCUUUAUAACUACUUAGAAAUGAAUUGGUGGCAGAUGUACAGUUGUAAAAAUGUUAUUGCACCCUCACAAAUUCAUGAAUUGUUUAGUUUUAUUAAAUCUUUGUACCCAAA